GUAUCGAGUACACGAGUCAACGGAGGUUACACGAGGAGGUUGGAUGAAAGAACACGAAAGGACGAAGGGACUCGAAGGGUUGCAACCGGAGGUUGCGACCGACCGUUGCGACUACAAGGAUGUUUGAUUUCACGAAACACCAUCCACCAAGCACCAAACCCCCCAUGGCUGGGACCAUAUGGGAACGGAAUUUUCUGAUCAUCCCAUCACGCGCUUCUUUCGCGCCGCUUAGUGCUCCAUCGGGUAACCACAUUUCGCUGACAGCCCCGCUGUCUCGCAUUGUCGUUGCGACAUGGCGCCCCGAGGUUCUGGGUUCAAACGUUGCAAUUUCCCGGCGGAAUGACCCGCGGAGCGGAGAUUUUCUGCGCGCGCAUCCGCACUUGCCAUGCGCCAUACGGUGCAGCGAUCCGCGGAGCAGCGGCACGGAAACUAGCGCCGACUGGGCGGCGGAGGGGUUCGCCGCAGUACAGGGGCAGAGACAGCGGAAGGGGAAGAGAAAUACGCGGGCGCAGUCGCAGGCGCAGGGGCAAGGGGGAAGCGACGGGCGGAGAGACGGGGGCGGGGAGGUGCGGGCGAAGGGCGGCAGCAAGGGGGAGCGGGGGGCAGUAAGCGCGCGUGCGCAGAACCGGGGGGAGGGGGAAGGGGAGUCAGGCGUACAGUGGGUGGAGGAGCGUGGGUUGCGCCUGCAGGUGCAGGGGUCGUUCUACCGCAGCGAGAGCGCCGUCGGGCGGGACUUGGCCACUCUCGUCGCGUGGCGGGACGCUCGCGCGCGGAGGGCCGCGGAAGAGCAGCAGAGCGCGGUUGGACAGGCGGAGGACAGGGCGGGAGAGGCGCGGGGCGGGGGAGCGAGGAGAGGCGCGGAGGCGGAGGGGCGGGGGAUGAAGGAGCGGCGGCGGCGGGGGUUCCGGGUUUUGGACGUGCUGAGCGGGAGCGGCGUGCGGGGAGCGCGGUACCUGUCGCAGGGCGAGGCGACGUUCGUGUGGUGCAACGACGCGUCCGUCGACACGCACGCCGCGCUCGUAGCGAACCUGGAAGCCGUGUCUGGCGUCGCUGCUGCUGACGCGGCUGCUGAUUCCUCCCAUGCUGUUGCUACUGCCCCUCCUCCUCCUCCUCCUCCUCCUGCUGCUGCUGGGCCCCUCGACGCUGGCCGCGGGAAACAGAAGGCGGAGAGGAAGGGGGAGGGGGAGGGGGAUGAAGAGCGGGAAGAGGAUGAGGGGGAGGAGGACGAGGGGGAUCGGCGGUGGCGGAAGGCGCGGGAGGGGAAGUCCGGGAGGGAGACGAGCAGGUGGCGGGUGACGCAUGAGGACGGGCUGAGAGUGCUCAACAGCUGCUAUGAGCGGCGCUCCUUCUUCGACCUGGUGGACGUGGAUGCGUUUGGCAGCGACACGCGCUUCAUAGGGCCCGCACUUGCUGCCACCGCCAUGGGCGGGCUGCUCUACCUCACCGCCACUGACGGUUUCUCCUCCGCUGGUCACGCCCCGUUCAGGGCGCUAGCAGCAUAUGGCACAUACAUGCGUCCGCUGCCCUUCUGCAACGAGCUUGGCCUGCGCAUGCUGCUGGGGGCGGCCGUGCGGGAGGCCGCCACGCGCAAGCUCACUGUGUCCCCCGUGUUCUCGCUCUACGCGCCCCACGGGCCCGUGUUCCGCGCGCUCGUGCGCGUCACGGCAGCAUCGCCGCACCAGCAGUGGCAGGGCGAGCACUAUGGUUUCAUCGCGCACUGCCAUUCGUGCGGGCACUCAAAGGUGCUUGCAUGGGAUGCGCUUGGAUGUGCCCUCUGCAACUGUCUGCACAGGAAGGGCCACCCACCCCACGCUGCUGCUGCUGCUGCUACCGACCCCACAUCUCCCACUUCUCCUCGCUCCUCCUCCUCUUCCUCUUCCUCCUCCUCCUCCUCCUCCUCCUCCUCCUCCUCCUCCUCCUCCUCCUCCUCCUCCUCCUCCUCCUCCUCCUCCUCCUCCUCCUCCUCCUCCUCCUCCUCCUCCUCUAUCUCUCAGGUGAUGGAAUCAAGCUCUCCUCCCGCCCACCAGCAGCAGCAGCAGCAAGUAUCAACUAGUGUGGAUGACCAUCAGAUGCUCAGCCAACUGGGCUUGCGACGCAUGGUGGUGGUAGGGCCACUGUGGGUCGGCCCGCUGCACGACCCAGUGGAACUGCGACACAUGGCAGAGGAUGCGCGGGCCAAGGGGUGGAAGGCGGCAGGGCGCGUGCUGGAGGUGAUGCAGGAGGAAGCACAAGAGGGGCUGCCUCCUUGGUUCUUCAAGAUGGAUCAGGUUGCAAAGGUUGCAGGAGUACCGACACCUCCACGUUCCGAGCUUAUGAGGGUCCUGAAGGAGCGUGGAUACUUGGUUUCAAGGUCACACGUGGAGGUGACAGCAAUCAAGACUGACUGCCCGUUGGUGGAAGUUUUGGAGAUAGCAAGGAAGGUGGCUAAAGUUGAGCCUACUGAGUGACAAUGUGCAAAUACCACAUGUUAUGGCCGUCUAAACUCAUAUGUAACUUUCUCUACUCUCAACGACCGUCGUUGAGAUCUGCGUUUGGUGCGCGUGUGGGGAAGAUAGUUGGGGCGUGCGGUUUAGCUGUAU